AUUAUAUCGAAAGAUAAUAAUAUACAGUUGAGUUGCCUGCCAUUGCCACUCCGAAACGGAUUGUUCUAAUUAAUUUGUUCUGUGCUUUGUGGUGAAGACCAGACUCUCUUAAGUUUCUUGGAGUGAAGAUGUCGUGGAUAAAAGAAGAUGCCGUGUCCUUUUUUCAACUAUUUUGUAUUAAAGUUAUUAAAACCGGUCGAAUACCUCAACAUAUAGCUUUUAUUAUGGAUGGAAACCGGCGUUAUGCAAAAAAACACCAUGAGGAUACUGCAGUUGGGCAUUCUAAGGGGUUUGAGAAAUUGUCUGAAACACUGAAGUGGUGUCUUGACCUUGGUGUUCCAGAAGUAACAGUAUAUGCUUUCAGUAUAGAAAAUUUUAAAAGAAGUGCAGAAGAAGUUGAUGCUCUUAUGGAUUUGGCUCGAGACAAAUUCCAGAAACUACUUAAUGAAAUAGAUGUAAUCAAUGAAUGGGGCGUUCGGCUAUAUGUAUCAGGGCGUUUGUCACUUUUACCAGUAGACUUACGAAAAAUGGUUUCACAUGCCAUGUUAGCUACUCGGCAUAAUAAUAAAUUAAAACUUAAUAUAGCCUAUGCUUAUACAGGAAGAGAUGAAAUCAGUCGAGCUGCAUCAUACUUAGUAGAUGGUGUUAAUAAUAAAGAAUUAAUAGUUGAAGACAUUGAUGAAGAACUCAUAUCACAAUCAUUAGAUCUUGGUGAACCCGAAUUGCUCGUCAGAACAUCAGGAGAAGUAAGGUUGUCGGACUUCAUGCUUUGGCAGGUAACAAACAGUGUCCUGUAUUUCACAGAUGUUCUAUGGCCCGAAUUCUCCAUAUGGAACUUGUUAGCUGCCAUUAUACAUUUCCAGAGACAUGCUCCUCCAAGUAAAUAUGAGGAUUCAAGUAGUGAGGAAAAAAAACAGUUUUUAGCUAAGUUAGAAAACAGGAGAUGGCAACAAUUAGAAUUGUUUUUAAAUUGUUAAAAUAUAAUGGCCUUUAUUGGGUACCUUGUUUUUAAAUUAAAAUGCAUUUAUAAAUACCUAUUUUAUUAAUUUAUUUAUAGUUUGUUAUUGGUAAAUGGAAAUGUUAACUAUUUUCCUUUGAUGGUAUAUUUGGAAUAUGUUUUAGUGGGGUCAUAUGGUUCCCAUCUUGAUGCUGGAAAAAUAUGUUUGUUCCUUUCAUACCAAGACCUGGAAAUAAAAUGUUUAUCACUUUAUCCAUAUAGUCCUUUUCGCAUAGGAUGGG